UAAAAUACCCCCAACUCCCGAAGCCGAAUUGAGAGAAUUGGAUCCAAUUCCAAUUCAAACACCGCCACCCCAAGCCAUGACAUCGCACCUCAGCUCAAUUGCUGUAGACCGAACUCUUGCGAGUGCGGCGAACCUCAUCAAGCUCCUACCAAGCAGUACCAUCUUCGCCUUCCAAGCAAUUUCACCCUCAUUCUCCAACCAUGGAACAUGCUACACAUCCAACAAGUAUCUCACAUCACUUCUCAUCGCCCUAUGCGCGAUAUCAUGUUGUUUCUUCUGCUUCACCGAUAGCUUCAUCGGCCUCGACGGUAAGCUAUACUACGGUUUGGCCACCUUCAAAGGCUUUUGCGUGUUUAAUGAAACCAACAGUGAAAGAUGGGACAAGAACAUGCCAUUGAAAGACUUGAAGAGAUUCCAAAUUCGUUGGAUCGACUAUGUCCAUGCAUUCUUCUCAGUUGUGGUGUUCAUGACAUUUGCAUUUAGCGACUCAGGUGUGCAAUUGUGUUUUUUCAAGAAUGCAGGGCCAGAUGAGAAGACAUUGCUGGUGAAUCUUCCGUUAGGGGCCGCGUUCCUAUCAAGCGUCAUAUUCCUCAUCUUCCCUACUUCUCGCAAGGGGAUAGGGUAUUCAAAUAUGAAUUCAAUGACGAAUUAAUU